AUGGUGUCUGCUCACAAGCCACAGCAUUGUCACAUCGCUGAGAGCCACUCCAGGCUGUCCAACAGGACCAGCAAGACCAUGCAUGGAGGAGAUUCCCAGAGCAGGAGCAAGUCCCUGCUCAUGUCCCCUUCCUCCCUGAGCCACGUGAAGCUGGAGGUGACGGAGGCGGUGCUGGCUGUGGGGUCCCUGGUGCUAUCCCGGGAGGGGGAGUCCCAGGAGCAGGCUUUUUCCCAGGACUCGGGGCUGGGGCAAAACCUCUCAAACCAGGGGUCGGAGGUCUUGCGGGACUCGGCCCACUUGGCCUGCAGCCAGCCUAACGCCAGCUCCCGGCACCCCCGCGCAGCCCCCCAUGGCUCACUGCCGCCUGCGCCCACCACGGCCGGCGUGGAGGGUGCUGCAGGUCUCUUCCCUGGAGGCGCCUUCCCCGGGGGCGUCUUCCCAGGUGCUCCCUCCGCCGCUGCCCUCAAGGCUGCUGCAAAAGCUGGUGCUGGCAUUGGUGUUGUGGAUGGAAUUGGUGGUCUUGGUGGUCUCAGGGUCUCCACAGGGUGGGCAGGAGCCAAUGCGCCGGGGCUCAGGGGUCUCUGCUGCCUGCAGGUGCGGUGGUACCAGGCGGGGUUGGUGCGGCAGCGAAACCCCCCAAAGUACCAGGUGCUGGGAUUCCUGGAGCUUUCCCGGGCGGUGUGCUCCCUGGAGCAGCGACGUUUCCACCACGCCAAAGGCAAGGGAACCCGGCGUCUCCGGGGGUCUCAUGCCAAGCUCCGCGGGAGCAGGCGGCAUCAGCACCGGGAAGAGGAGCUGGCACAGACCACGCCAGGGCCGGCUUGCCCAGCCAAAGACGGUGUCCGCUUCCCUGGCGUAGGGGUGCUGCCCGGAGUACCCACUGGUGCUGGAGUCAAGCCGAAAGGUCCAGGUGGCUAUGGAUUGCCCUACACCACUGGUAAGCUGCCCUACGGCUUCGGGCCCGGCGGGAUAGGAGCUGGCAUCGGGAUAGGAGGAAAGGAGUCGGAGCACAGGCAGCAGCAGCAAAAGCAGCAGCGAAAUAUGGAGCCGGUGUCCUGCCUGGGGCUGGAGCCGUCCCGGGAGUCGGCGGACUGGUACCUGGUGUCGGCGUUGUCCCAGGAGUCGGAGUUGGAGGGCCGGCAGCGGCGGCAGCAGCGGCAAAGGCAGCGGCAAAGGCAGGAGCUUUCGGUCCAGGGGUGCUACCCGGGGUUGGCGGCGUCCCAGGUCUUGUGCCCGGCGUUGGUGGUGUCCCCGGCUUGGUGCCUGGUGUUGGAGCUGUCCCCGGGGUGGCAGGAGUCGGGGCGCCGGCGGCAGCAGCAGCAGCAAAGGCAGCUAAGUUCGGAGCUGGCGUCGGUGUUCCUGGCAUUGGCGGUGUUCCUGGUGUUCCUGGUGUUCCUGGCGUCCCCGGUGUCCCUGGUGUCCCUGGUGUCCCUGUGGGUGGCCCAGAAGCCGCAGCGGCCGCGGCGAAGGCUGCAGCGAAAGCCGCGGCAUUCGGUGAGUCACUGUUAUCCUUUCCCAGGGAGGGAGGAGGGAUGCUUGCAAAUGGGCAAGGUGGGGGGCACCCCUGGCACUGUGGAUGGAGCAGGGCGCGUGCCCGGAGUUGGCGUGCCCGGAGUUGGUGUGCCUGGAGUUGGUGUGCCUGGAGUUGGUGUGCCGGGAGUCGGUGUGCCGGGAGUUGGUGUGCCCGGAGUUGGUGUGCCCGGCGUCGGCGUGCCCGGUCUGGUGCCAGGUCCAGCAGCCGCCGCUGCUGCCAAAGCAGCCGCCAAAGCAGCCAAGUACGGAGUAGGUGGCCUUGCUCCCGGCGUGGGUGGCCUUGCUCCUGGCGUAGGCGGCCUGGCUCCUGGCGUGGGUGCCCUGGCCCCUGGCAUUGGAGGUGUCCCAGGUGAGGAGGAGGAAGGCGGGUGAGACCCGCCCCAGGGACACUGACCCCCCUCUUGCUGUCUCUGCUCAGGGGUCGGAGGUCCAGCCGCAGCAGCAAAAGCAGCAGCGAAGGCAGCCAAAUUUGGUGCUGGCGUUGGAGGGGUGCCAGGCGUGGUGCCCGGCGUCACGGGAGUGCCAGGAGUGACACCCGGUGUCGGCGUCGUGCCUGGGUUGGUGCCGGGCGUGGGGGUACCCGGUGCUGGCAUCCUCCCUGGGGCAGGCAUCCCCCAAGUAGGGGUGCAGCCUGGUGCUAAACCUCCCAAAUUCGGUGUUCCCGGGGUUGGAGUCCCAGGGGUCGGCGUCCCAGGUGGCCUUGGAGUCGGUGGCCUCGGAGUCGGUGGCCUUGGAGUUGGUGGGCUCGGUGCUGGGGUUGGAGUUCCCGGCUUUGGCGUGUCACCGAUAUUUCCAGGUGGGGUUGCCGGCCAGCUGGGAUUUGGUGGGAAGCCCCCCAAGACCUUUGGAGGAGCCCUCGGUGCCCUGGGCUUUAGAGGCGGCGUGAGCUGCGCACAAGGGAAGUACUGCGGCAGGAAGCGGAAGUAA